GGAGUUCGACCCGCUCUGCAAGAAAGAAGCGGAACACGCACAGAAGGGGAAGGGGAAGAGAGGGGCACACCACACCACACCACCAAAGCCAGACCGCCAGACCGAGCCCGCGCCUUCCUCCGACGAGGCGAGCCAAGCCAAGCCCAGAUCGAAUCCCCCCCCCUCCCGAAUCCAUGGACGGAUCCCACUCCCACGCGGCCGGAGGCGGCGAGGGGACGCAGAGGACGCUGAACCCCUAUGUGACCGGUAACUCGGUGAUUGCAAUGAAAUACAAGGAUGGUGUGAUCAUGGCAUGUGACACUGGAGCCUCCUAUGGGUCAACUCUGCGAUACAAGAGUGUGGAGCGUAUCAAGGAGGUUGGUAAGCAUAGUCUUAUUGGAGGGAGUGGGGAGUUCAGUGAUUUCCAGGAGAUUCUGCGGUAUCUGGAUGAACUGACUCUGAAUGAUCAUAUGUGGGAUGAUGGGAACUCAUUGGGCCCCAAGGAAAUCCAUGCAUACCUGACAAGAGUGAUGUACAACCGGCGCAAUAAGUUUGACCCUCUGUGGAACUCCCUGGUGCUUGGUGGAGUGAAGAAGGGCCCAAAGGGCGAUGAGAAGUAUCUUGGCAUGGUUAACAUGAUUGGUACACACUUUGAGGAGAACCACAUUGCCACUGGAUUUGGGAACCACAUGGCAAUCCCAAUACUUCGUGGUGAGUGGCGUGAGGACAUGACCUUUGAAGAAGCUGUUAAGCUGAUUGAGAAGUGCCUGCUGGUUUUGUUGUACCGUGACCGAUCAUCCAUCAACAAGUUCCAGAUUGCCAAGAUCACGACCGAGGGAUCGACCAUCUACCCGCCGUACGCCCUGAAGACCAACUGGGGAUUUGCCGCCUUCGAGAACCCAUCCAAGGGUGCUGUAGGAACAUGGUAGACAUACUCUGCUGCUGAAGCAGUUUCAGCCCCGUGUGAGUGUUUGAUCCGAACAUGACUGGAACUCUACAUCUGCUUUGUGUGACAUGCUAUAAUUUGAUUUCAAGUUUUAUGAACAUUAAGUGUGGUCGUGUGGUCCUCUUA